AUGACCGUCACUUACUCGAGCCAAGUGGCUAACGCCCGCUUAGGCUCCUUCUCCCGCCUGCUGCUGUGCUGGCGGGGCAGCAUCUACAAGCUGCUCUACGGCGAGUUCCUCAUCUUCCUGCUCAGCUACUACACCAUCCGCUGUAUUUAUAGGAUGGCCCUCACGGAGGAACAGCAGGUGAUGUUUGAGAAGCUGACUCUGUAUUGCGACAGCUACAUCCAGCUUAUCCCCAUUUCCUUCGUGCUGGGCUUCUACGUGACGCUGGUCGUGACCCGCUGGUGGAACCAGUACGAGAACCUGCCGUGGCCCGACCGUCUCAUGAACCUAGUGUCGGGCUGUGUGGAGGGCAAGGAUGAGCAAGGCCGCCUGCUGCGGCGCACGCUCAUGCGCUACGCCAACCUGGGCAGCGUGCUCAUCCUGCGCAGCGUCAGCGCGGCGGUCUACAAGCGCUUCCCCAGUUCCCAGCACCUAGUGAAAGCAGGCUUCAUGACCCCUGCGGAACACAAGCAUUUAGAAAAGCUGAGCUUGCCGCACAACACGUUCUGGGUGCCCUGGGUAUGGUUUGCCAACCUGUCGAUGAAAGCUUGGAUCGGAGGUCGAAUCCGGGACCCUGUCCUUCUCCAGAGCCUGCUGACAGAGAUGAACACUUUGCGCACGCAGUGUGGACAACUGUAUGCCUACGACUGGAUCAGUGUCCCGCUGGUGUACACGCAGGUGGUGACCGUGGCGGUGUACAGCUUUUUCCUGGCUUGCCUGAUUGGGCGGCAGUUUCUGAACCCAGCGAAGGCCUACCCUGGCCAUGAGCUGGACCUCGUUGUGCCUGUCUUCACAUUCCUGCAGUUCUUCUUCUAUGCUGGCUGGCUAAAGGUGGCAGAGCAGCUCAUCAACCCGUUUGGAGAAGAUGAUGAUGACUUUGAGACCAACUGGAUUGUCGACAGGAGCUUGCAGGUGUCCCUGUUGGCUGUGGACGAGAUGCACCAGGACCUGCCCCCAGUGGAGCAGGACAUGUACUGGAAUGACCCAGAACCACAACCCCCCUACACUGCUGCUUCUGUCCAGUCUCGCCGACCCUCCUUUUUUGGCUCCACCUUCAACAUCAGUCUGCAUAAGGAAGAGAUGAAGUUCCAGCCACAUCAGGAGGAGGAGGAGGAGGAGGAAGGUGCUCACAGUGGCAUCAUCAGCUGCUUUCUGGGGCUGCAGUCCCACGACCACCAGACCCCCAGGACAAGCUCAAAGACCAAACUACUAUUGCCCAAGAAAGAAGUCCUUCUCCAUGAGGGCCAGCCCGAGAACCUCAGGGGGGCCAGAAAGAGCUCUAGGGACCAGGAAGACAGCAAGGCCUGCAAGAUGAAGAGGGAGGAUGCCUUUAAGUCCGCUGCACUGGACGGGAGGUCAGGCUACCACAGUGCCCCACAGACACCUCUCAGCUCCAUCCCUAUGGUAUUCCCACCAGGACAAUCAGCAACCUCAAGUCUUCACAGAGUCUCAGGCAUAGACAGCACUGUCAAAGACCAAAGCCUGCAGUCUCUGACUCCUGGGACCAAGAAGAGCUUUGACUCGCUCCCAGAGUUUGCUAGGGCCUCAGUGGAGCACCUGGAAUUGUGUCACAUUAAGAGGAAAACUGUCGAGUUUGACCUGACUGACAUGUCAGAGGUCCCUGGAAGUCAUCACAGAGAACUACCUACACAAUCGACAAGCAACAUACACACUACGCUCAAAGAUCAUCAUGAUCCCUAUUGGGCCUUGGAAAACAGGGAUGAAGCACAUUCCUAG